GUCACGACCCGUCGUUAGGAAUGACUGGGGUCUGGGACUGAAGGAGGCCGCGCACAGAACCGGGGGCCGAUUAGCCGUAGCUAUAUAGCUAACAUUAAGUUAGCUAACGUAGCGUAUAUUUCUGAAGAUCAAGGUCGACGACACCCCUCGGCUCUUCCGAUAACAGGUCCGCCCUCCCUCGGAUUCCUACCCUUCCCGGUCCGCCAGCAUGGCUCAGGAAACGAAUCAGACAGCGGUACCGAUGUUGUGCACCACGGGCUGUGGUUUCUAUGGAAAUCCACGCACCAACGGAAUGUGUUCGGUCUGCUACAAGGAACACCUUCUGAGGCAAAAGGGAGGGGGUCGUUCCAGCCCCCCAGGUGAGAAAGCAGCACUGGCUCCAGUUGUGUCCCCAGCAGGGGCUGGUGUUUCUGUGGAGACCACCCCUGACCCCAGCACAGAUGGAUUCACCCAAUCGGAAGAAAGGAAAUCCAGCUCUCCCAGCCCAGUCACCCAGCAGAUGAUAGCCAUGAGCCUGUCCCAGGACAGCGGAGCCACCGACUCGGAUCGAGCCGAGGAGGAAGAGGAAGGGACCUCCAAAUCUACGGGGCUGGCCCUGGAAGCUGCACCCUCCUCUGACGGCGAGCAGACUCCGGACAAGAGCAAGAAGAAGAACCGCUGCUUCACCUGCCGGAAAAAAGUGGGCCUCACAGGUUUCGACUGUCGCUGCGGCAACCUGUUCUGCGCCGUCCACCGCUACUCGGACAAACAUGACUGUCCCUAUGACUACCGGGGGGCCGCGGCCGCCCGAAUACGCAAGGAGAACCCCGUGGUGGUGGCCGAGAAGAUCCAGAAGUUGUGAGGGGGGUGGGGGUAGGGCGGAAGGUA